AUGCACCCCGUGUUUUCGGGAAAGUUAUGCCAGUUUUUCAGUGUAACUCCUUCUAUCCUGUUCCUUGGAGUUAUUUAUGUAGCCUAUGUCCUUGUUGGAGGGCUGAUCUUCUGGAAACUAGAAGGAUGGUAUGUGUUGCAACAGAUUGAUCUUCUGAAGGAGAAAAGAAUGAAACUACUUGAGAAGUACCCAUGUGUGGGUCAGAAUGGUCUCCGAGAACUAGCACAGAUGAUAAAAGCUGCUUCCCUGAGUGGCUUGAGUCCAGACAGCAAUGACACCGCAGAUGGCUUCUGGAAAUUUACCAGCUCAUCUGUGUUUGCGGCAACUGUGGUCACAACUAUUGGCUAUGGGAAUAUAAUUCCACUGACGACAGCUGGUCAAAUCUUCUGUGUGUUGUUUGCACUUUUUGGCAUUCCCUUGAACGUAGUGAUCUUAAAUAGAGUUGGAAAAUACAUGCUGGCCAUUGAGAGAAAUUUUUGCAAUUUUUUGGAGAAAAAAAUUGAUAGAGGGAAAUGUGUACGAAUAUCCAUUCACAGUAUAUCCUUUGUGAGCUCAGCAUUCCUGUACUUUGUGGUUCCUAUGCUGCUUUUUAAAGAGUAUGAGGGAUGGAGUUACGCUGAAGCCAUUUAUUACUGCUUCAUAUCACUCAGCACUAUUGGAUUCGGAGAUUAUGUCGCAGAUCAUAACCCAGCGAUAAACUACCCAGAGUGGUACAGCUGUCUGAUGGCAGCCUGGAUAUUCUUUGGCCUGGCUUGGCUCGCUCUUCUGAUCAAUCACUCCAUUGAUUUACUGGAGAGUGUGAAUGCUUACAUGAGAGGAAGGCAGAAUGCACAAACACAAGUGGAGGAGUCCAAAGAACAGCCAGAAAAGGGACUGAAAGGGGAAGAAACAUGA